AUGUUUGAAACAAAAUUUGGUACUCCACAAGUGCCUACUGAUUUCAAUUGUCUUUCAUUAGCUGGUGACAGUCUACGGGUAUACGAUGAAAUUGCUUCAGAAAUAAAAAGCAUAAAGUUCCCGUCUUUUGGAAAUCAAUCACUUAGUGAAAUUCUAGCUUUUAUACGAAGCAAUGAACACCAUGACAGUUUUCAAAAACUUAACCGACUAUACUACUCAUAUGCUAUACUAAUGAUGAAAAACAAUAUGUAUGAAGAAGCUAUUACAACUAUGGAGAGACAACUGAAUAGUUGCAAUGCGUCUGGAUUUACUUUUCGUGAUCCAUUUCUGAAAAGUAGACAUCAUAUGCAAUUAGGUCAUUCGUAUCGUCAUUUAAGAAUAAAUGACAAAGCUUUGAAAUAUUAUGAAUUGGUAUUAGGAGAGAAUGUUGGUUUACCAUUAGACGAACACGUUGGAAUAUUAGUUGGUUAUGGAAAGGUAUUGGACGCCAUGAACAACUAUAAAGAUGCUUUAUAUCAGUAUAUUGAAGUGUCUGAAAUUUAUAUCAAUAAUUCGUCCAUAUGUAGUGCUGAUGAACGUCAAGAUAUAGAGAAAUGUGUUGAACGAGUUUUCAUGCAGCGUAUUUCAAUAGACUAA